AUGGCGUCCGUCCGGGUCAAUCGUUCAAAGAUUCGAGCCGAGCGUUCAGCAAUUCGCUGCCCAUUCCCAAGCCAUGUGUGGAGUUCCUGGGACUUCCAGGAACGAGGAGAUCCGUGGUAUGAUUCCGAUGACUGCCGGGGGAGACAGAAAACUAACAACCCCCACAAAAGGGGCCCCGGAGUACAAGAACACGCGCUGCAGCACACAUCGUCGAGAGGGACACUGGAUGCCGAGUGGGGGAGCAACCCCGACUUCUCCGGAAGCGCCAUCGAGUGUUGCGUUGACCAGCAUUGA